AUGUCAUGGCUCGUCAGCAAUGACGACGACGUCAACAGCAGGUCUAUACCCAGCAGCAUUCUUCUACAGGCUAGUCCUGAUCCAAUUAAGCUUCUUGCUCAGAAGCUGUUCACUGAGGAGCAUGUUCGGUUGGAAAACCAGCAGAGUGGAGGUCGAAGGUCGUGUGGUAGAGAGACGCUAGCUUCUUCCGCCUUACAGACCAACUGGCUGCGGCGUACAGGCUGGGAAACAACAUUUAGAAAAGCGCGUUGUGAUGUUCUAGUUCGCCUCACGGCGCUACCUCACUGCACGGAUAACCGACCCUUGCCUCUCGGUGUCGUUGAAGGAGACGCCAUCAUCAGUCCGGCGCGUGAUGAGCGAAGGUUAUUAUUUAUGAUGGCCGCGCUUGAUCAUCUCCUGGAUCAAUGCGGUGAGACAGUCCGGACAACGGAUGUAUGUUUGAGAAGGUGGCUCCGCGGCAGGUUUCCAGACCGUCCUUACAAGAUGCCCUUCGAAUUGGUUGCAAAGUCAUCUUCCGAGAAGGUUUACCGGAAAGAACUGAAGCGCUUUGUCUGUUUCUGGCUCCGAUUAUUUCGGUUAUUGCCGACGACUUUUCAGAAGGUUACAGGGCAUGGGCUAAAAAAGCAUCAGUUCAGAGUCCUACGGGAGCUUUGGGUAGAUGACAUAUGGAAGUCUGGAGAACAUGUUGAUGUAGACCCUGCUGCUGACAAGGAUGGAGGAUACGAUGGGGACGAAGGGGAGUAUGAGGAUCAGGAUGAUGAUGAGGAUCAGGAUGAUGAUGAGGAUCAGGAUGAUGAUGAGGAUGAGGACGAGAUCCAAGAUGAUGACGAAGGUGAAGAUGAUGAGGGUGAGGACGAGUUCCCAGAUGAUGACGAAGGUGAAGAUGAUGAAAGAUACAACGAGAUUGAAGAUGAAAGUCAGAAAAGGGUGGUUAUGAACACAGGUGAUCCAUCUGAUGCCGAGGUAAUUUCCACUUGGUCUUCGAACAGUCAAGAGGAUCACCCACAAGACCCUACUACAAUGAUUACCGCGAACAUUGCGACGCAAUGCACAUGUUCUGGUCCGUGCACGCUAGACGUCCUUCCAAUUUCCCCGGAUUUGCGUCGUAAUACAUUCUUUUCGUCCGUGCACGCUUUCAGGGUUCGCGGAGCUACGGUGGAACCCCUAUUAUUUCUGCAUCAUCAGACAACGUUGACUUUCCUUUCCUUCCCGACCAAGCUGAAAUUUUGAAGAACAUUCGAUACGUGUUUGC